CGCGCACAAGUCACGUCCAUAGAACGUCGCCUAACAUGUACUCGUAGACUACAUUCUACAUGAGUUUGGUGAAAUAAUCUGUACGCUGUCAGCAAAACGACACACUAAGCUAAGACUUCAAUUGAAUCGAACAUCAGCUUGCGACAGGAAAUAUAAAUAAAUUUACAGUGCAAAGCGAGGUCAGGUAGCCUGAUGAUAUAAGUAAAGGUCUUUGCUGAGGAGAAGAUUUGCAGCUUAUUCAUUGAUGAUACUCUUAAACAUAUGGUGGUUUACACGUGCCAGAAUUUAAGUCAACUCACGCAGAUUAAUGAUAAUUUUCAACACCAAUUACGUGAUACAUUAUCUAAAGGAGUACAUAAAGGUCUCAGUGGUUUGCCACACUUGCUCAGAACAGAACACGCGACAAAGUUUAAACUCAACUAUUACUAGUACUUGAAUAGUCUCUCUGCUGGCCCUUACUCUCAUCUCCCUUUUGAAGAAAAGGUUUGGAGUUUAUUCAACCACGUUGUUCCAAUGCAGAUGAUGGAAACAUUAUCAAAUAAUCCUUUGCUAAAAGUAAGCGAUGCUGAGAUAGCAAAGAUUCGCCGAGAUUACAAUUUAGACACAAACAAAAUUAAGGAAAACUUAGACGAAAUCGAGGAAUGGUGUAAGAAACAAAGUCACUUAGAAGGCGCCGUGCAAUACCUGAAUCGUGAUAUAAUGGAACGUAUACACAUUUUAGCAAAAGGAUCAGUCGAAGGAACGAAAAAAAAAAUUGAUAAAAUAUUGACGACUCGGGGCUUGAUACCAGAAAUAAUGCUUAACAAAUCGAUCGAUGAAUUUAAUAAAUUCCAAGAAAAUUUAAUUUUCAUAACGCUGCCAAAUCUAAGCCCGGUUUGUCAUUCGAGAAUAUUCGUGUCGCAAAUAACAAAUCCAAAUAUAAAUAAUUUCAGUUUCUUAACCUUCUUAAGAUAUUGUUUUAUGAUCGGUGAAUACAGAUUAUAUUUCGAAUAUAGUAUGUCCGACAGAUUCAUUGUGGAUCUGAAAAACGUUAAUAUGAAUAUUAUAGCAAAAAUAAAUCCAGUGCUUUUGAAGAAAGGAGAGACGUUAUGCACGUGUGUUUUAUUUCAGGAAGCAUAUGGAACCAAAAUUAAAGGAAUCCAUUUUGUUAAUGCUCCGCCAUAUGUUGAUAAAAUUAUAAAUUUAUUGAAACAAGUUCUUAAAGAAAAAAUAUCAAGCAGAGUCUAUGUCCACAGUUCGUAUGAGGAUCUACAGAAAGAAAUACCUAAAGAAAUUCUUCCGAAGGAGUAUGGUGGUGAUUCGACGAGCUGUGCUGAAUUAGCAGAACAAUGGAAGGAAUAUUUGAAAACGGAACAAGCUAGAACAAUCUUGGAAACAUCCAAUAAACUAAUCAGCGAUGAAUCAAAGCGAUGUUCUAUUAAAUUCAAUGAAGAAUAUUUGGGAAUGCCAGGUUCAUUUAGAAGAUUAAAUGUGGAUUGAAGUUUGAAGAAGAUUUAAAGAAACAAAAGUUUAGUUAUAUUAAAUGUUAAUUACGUUGGGCUCAAAAAACAAACUCAUUGCAAAAUCAAUAAUCAGUAACUAAAAUUGGUUUUGUGUCUUUAAUGACACCAGUUUUAGCUGUAUUUAAUGUUCCAUACUGAUAGAGUGUUAGACUGUAAUUGUUUCUGAUAUAAUCUAUAAUUUUGUCCACCUGAUCUGUGUCACCCUUGGGAGUUAAGAUAUUACGCCUCUCGGGUCUGUAGUUACACUGGCUCUCUCACCCCCUUAAAAUCAUACCGGAACAAUUCUAAGUGUUACUGCUUGCCGGUAGAAUAGCUAAUGGAUGGCACCUGUGUUAGUUCUGACUAGGUUUUUCUAAAGAAUUUAUUAAAUUCAUCUAACGACAAAUAAAAAUCUGUUGUCGAAAGUAAGAGUUGCGGAUCCUAUUUUUAAGAUACCAUUAAAUGUCGUUAAGAUUUUUCGAGCGUAGUCGUUCUUUGAUCUCAACUGUAUAUCGUUGAUACGUAAAUAGAAAGUGUCCAUUAAAUAAAGGCCAGACGAAUAACUAUAAUUAUGAGAAUUGAAUGAAAAGUCCAGGUGCGGGAGGAUAGGGGAAUUGAAAUGAUGAAUGUGGCAUGACAGGAUUCAGUUCCUAACGUGAUUUAUAGUGUCAAAUGUAAUGUGUGCUGUUAUUAUUUCAU